AUGGGUGAAGAAUCCGUCCAUACAGAGGGCCAGCUGUACUCGUAACUUCCAUCCAUCUUGGCAGCUUAGUUUGCUACCAGGAUUCUAUUUGAUAAAUAGCUUCUGCAUUAAGUGUGAAGCUGAAAGGUUUCCUCUUCCUUCAGGCUCCAGUGACCUUUGAGGAAGUUUAUGUGAAUUUCACUGAGGAAGAAUGGGCUCUGCUGGAUGCAGAACAAAGGGCUCUGUACAAGGAAGUCAUGGAUGAGAAUUUGGCCCAUGUGAUGUCUCUGGCCGCUGAUGUUGGAGAGAGCGGAAAUGUGAAAAAAUUGCAUAGAUGGUGCUUGGAAAGAGUCAUUCAUAAAGAUGAGAAACAACUGAGAAGGAAAAGUGAAGGAAAAAGUGGCAAGAAUGAUUUUUUUGCCAUUUCACAUGGAGAAUUCCACGAAGCCCCACUACAAGAAAAAACAGGGAAAGGCAAAGAAAGGCAGAAAUGUCUUUUGUGUAAGAAAAUGCAUUUAGAGAAGGAUCCACUGAAAUGCACAGAAUGCAGCAAGUAUUUUUGUGCUUACUCAACCCUUGAAAGACAUCUGAGAAUCCACACAGGUGAGAAACCGUUCAUGUGCUCAGAAUGUGGAAAGAGCUUCAGUCAGAAUGAACACCUUGUUUCCCACAUGAGAAUCCACACAGGUGAGAAACCAUUCAAAUGUCUGGAGUGUGGAAAGAGCUUCCGUCAGAGCAGAAACAUUACUUCCCAUAUGAGAAUCCACACAGGGGAGAAACCAUUUCAGUGCUUGGAGUGUGGGAAGAGCUUCGGUCGGAACACACAUCUCACUUCUCAUAUGAAAACCCACACUGGGGAGAAACCAUUUCAUUGCUCAGAAUGUGGAAAGAACUUCAGUUGUAAAGAAAGCCUGGGUUCUCAUAAAAAAAUCCACACAGGGGAGAAGCCAUUUAAGUGCUUGGAAUGUGGAAGAGGCUUCAGACAGAGCGCACGCCUGACGGCCCAUAUGCGAACCCACACUGGGGAGAAACCAUUUAAGUGCUUGGAAUGUGAAAGGAGCUUCUGUCAGAGCACAAGUCUUACUACCCACAUGAGGAUCCACACAGGACAGAAACCAUUUAAAUGUCUGGAAUGUGGAAAGAGGUUCUAUUAUAAAAUCAGCCUUAAUUCCCAUCAAAUGUCCCACUCAGGGGAGAAACCAUACAAAUGCUCAGAAUGUGGAAAGAGCUUCACUGGAAGCUCACACCUUGCUUCCCAUAUGAGGAUCCACACAGGGGAGAAACCAUUCCAGUGCUUGGAAUGUGGAACGAGCUUCAGUGAAAAAAGAAACCUGAAUUUCCAUCAAAGAAUCCAUGCAGGGGAGGAACCAUUUAAGUGCUUGCAGUGCGGAAAGAAUUUCAACCACAGAGUCAGCCUUACUUCUCAUCAAAGAACACACACAGGAGAGAAACCAUUUAAAUGCCUGGAGUGUGGGAAAAGCUUCAGUUGGAGCUCACACCUUGCCUCCCAUGUCAGAACCCACACAGGGGAGAAACCGUUUAAAUGUUCAGAGUGUGGAAAAACCUUUCGGCAGAGGAUACACCUCACUUCCCAUCAAAAAAUCCACCAAGGUGAGAAUGUUGUGGAUUUUCCUCUGUCAUCUGGCUACCAGAGUUUUUGUGCAUCACUGGAGAAUACAGUAAUAUUUGUUCUAAUGAUAAGAGAUAGAGAUUUCUGUUGCUCUAAUAAAAGGGUUUUGUCUACAGUCUGGAUUUAUAGCUUCUAAAAUCUCUCUUAUCCUAGCCAUCUUUUUCUCAAACAACAACUAUUAUAUCUUCUCUCAAGGUCCUCUGGAGAUCGCAGUGACUGUUGUAAUCACUUUGAGUCUGGCUGUGGGGACAAAGAAAGCCAGCAUGAUGUACUGGUUUGAGUGUAGGACCUGGAUUCAGUUUCCU